AUGGGUCGCGUGAAAUGCAUGGCCCCAACGCCCGUAUGGUUCUCGCACGGAGCCGCCAGCUCGCGCAUGCUUGGCUUUGGGUUUCCGCUGCUCGUGCGGCAGCAGCAGCAGCAGCACGCUCUGAAACCGAGCGCACAAGCCGCUAACUGGCGAGCGCUCCACAGAACUGUACACUGCCACCGAUCGACGAGUGCUGCGCGAAAAUCGCUCCCGCGGAUCACUCCUCUUGAGCCGAUGAUGCGAAUGAAAGGCACCAAAAAUCGCGCCUUUUAUGAUGAGGAUGACGGCGAAUGGAUUGGAAGCGAACUCGACCAGUUAUGGAGGCCUUCGGCAGCACCAGCGCGGUACCCGAAUGCCCCUCCGCAAGACGAAUCCGCAACUAUACAUGGAUCUGCUGGGCCGCAUGCGUCUUUCCCCACCACCGCUGCAAAUUCGAGCCAAGCGCUUACGGACAGUCCACCGGAUGCGCCCCAUUACGCCGAGCAAAGCAGUACGCCCGAAUCUGCAUCUCAGCCGGUUUACGAAGAGGUCCCCGCUCAAGAAACAGAUCCGAUACAGCCGCCGGUUUCUGCUUCUGCUUCUGCUGCUACAUCGAAUACGGAUCCGUCACUGGAUUCGCCCGAGUCUAAGACCGAAGAUGCGGAUGAGUAUGUAGGCCCGCUUCUCGAUCCGGAUGCAGUGUAUCUCCAGUGCCCAGAGUGCGCGAUGUGCUAUCAGGUUGAGGCGUCUCUCUUUGAGACCGCACGCAUCUGCCGGUGCACCCAGUGCCUGCACGAGUUCGUAGCAUCCGCAAUGGAUCUCAUUUCCGCAGACACUUUGGUAUCGGAUCGGCCGACCAUGGGAGUGAGACCGCUUCCCCGCAUUGAAGCGACUGCACGCGCUGAAGCACGACUAAAGCCUGUUCGCAAAGUGAUCGCGGAUGCACUUGCCGCGGAGGCAGCGAGGGCGACGAAAGCUGACGCGGAUACCUUUUCCGCAGGCAAUGCGUACAUCGAUGUCAUGUUGUACGUGGGGAAUCUCGCUCCGAUGGUAACGGAAAGCGACCUCAUUGCGGCGUUUUCACCCUAUGGAGAUCUGUUGAGCUGUCGCAUUAUACGUGAUCGGCAACGGGGCCACUCCUUGGGCUACGGUUUCGUUCGCUUUACCUCCAAGGCAGAUGCUCGGGUAGCGCUUAAUCAACUCCAAGGCACCUGCAUCAUGGGGCAGGAAAUCAGUAUCGGUUACGCUCGUGGAACUGUCCAACGCGAUGCAGCAGACCCCCGUCGACCGUUCCUGGACAAGUCCGCUGGACGAGAAGGCCGUUUCCAGCAAGAGGAUUGGCGGCGCUUCCGCUCGCCCGAAGGACGCCCCGGGGAAGGCACCCAGGCAGCACUGAGACCUCGCCCAGAGAACAGCAACGCUACAACUCGACAGCGCGUUGAUUUGGCAUCACGACGAGCUGCCUCGCCUCGGAGUCGAUGGACGGAUCGCCACGAAAGGGCACAUUCACCAGAUCAGGAUGAGCGCCUGCACGAUUCCUCUGAGACCGAGCCCGUCGACGAUCAGGAAUGA